GGGUGAAGGGCGACAUUUGAAGCCUUUCUCUCUCACACUCGACCUUCUCGUGUUGUGAGAGCAGGGGUUUGUAGCAACUCUCAGGGCAGCGACAAUGCCGGCUGGUCAUGGGCUUCGAUCUCGCACUAGAGACUUGUUCUCUCGACCUUUCAGGCACAAAGGUUACAUCCCCUUGACGACCUACCUGCGUACCUUCAAGGUUGGCCAGUAUGUGGACAUCAAGGUGAACGGAGCCGUCCACAAGGGUAUGCCUCACAAGUUCUACCACGGGCGCACCGGCAUCGUCUGGAACGUCACCAAGCGUGCCGUCGGUGUCGUGAUGAACAAGCAGGUCGGAAACAGGAUCAUCCAGAAGCGUCUUCAUGUGCGUAUUGAGCACGUGCAGCCUUCACGCUGCCGGGAAGAAUUUCUUGAGCGUCGCAAGAGCAAUGACGUCAAGAAGGCUGAGGCCAAGGCUAGGGGCGAAACGGUGAACCUUAAGCGUCAGCCUGCUGGUCCUAGGGCUGGAUUCGUUCUCGAUUCCUCAACCCUAGAGACUGUGACUCCCAUUCCGUACGAUGUCGUCAACGAUCUCAAGGGAGGUUAUUAAUUUAAGUCUCGUAGUGAUACUGUGGACAAACUUAGUUGUAUCUGUACCCUUUGAAUGCAUGGUUUGGACUAAGUUGAACUUCUUGGAUUUGAUAUCGAACCGUGUUGUUUCCCUAUUAACGAUUCCGGAGUACUCUAAAGCUGUAAAUUUCGUUUGAGGUUUUCUGAACUGCAAUGUUAUUGUGGCGGCCACCACCUUUUAAUGAGGUUGAGCUUUGUUACCGCUGAA